CACGUGUUCCUCAAAAAAGAAAACGUGAAGAAUUUUUCAAGUACAAUACUUUGUUUUCAUCAUUUUCACUAUAUAUUUUAUAAUAUAGUGUAUGUUUAUUUUUUGAUCACUUUUUUAUUAGAAUUUGAAAUCAAAUCAGAAUCAAUGGUUGUAUUCACUUGUAAUAAUUGUGGUGAUUCAGUGUCUAAACCAAGGGUCGAAAAACAUAUAAAUUAUGAGUGUAAACGUAAACACUUUACAGUUAGUUUCUGCUGUGUUGACUGUUUGAAAGAUUUCAAUAUCGAUACAGUAAAGGAACAUUGUCAAUGUAUAACUGAAGAGCAAAGAUAUUCUGCUAAAGGGUUUGUACCAAAAGCAUCAGCUGAAAAAGGGAAAAGAAAACAAGCAAGUUGGGUCGAUAUUGUACAAUUGGUAAUUGAUAAAAAAGAUUUGCAAAAUGAUGAACGUCAAUUCUUAAGUAUCAUAGCAAAGUUUGAUAAUGUUCCGAGAAAGAAAAAUAAAUUCCAGAAUUUUUGUUUUUCUACUGCUCCUGCAUAUCGUCAAAAAGGAUAUUUAGUUGACAAAGUAUUUGACAUGAUUGAAGCUGAAUAUAAAGCACAGCUAUCAGAAAAUUCCAACAUUAAAACAUCAGAAAAUGUUAACAGUAAUCAAUCUACUGAAAGUACAUUGCAAACUAACAUAACCACAGAUAAGUGUCAAAUUGACAAAGAAAAUAAUAAUAUAGUAAACUCUGAAAAAAUUGUAGAAGCACAACUAGAGAAGAAGAAGAAAAAAAAAGUUAAAAACUCAGAAUUUUCAGAAAACAACAGUGAAAAUUUAUCAAAAAAUGUAGAAUCAUCUCCAGAAAAGAAUAAAAACAAAAAACAUACUUUAGAACUAAUUUCAAGUACCAGUGAACAUAAUCCAGAAUUAAUUGCAAGUGUAAAGUCAGUAAAAAAGACAAAAAAGAAAAAGAAAUCAUUAGAAAAUAGUGUUUCUACAGAAGAAAAUGGAUUAAAUAAUGAAAAACUUGUACAAACUGAAAAAAAGAAAAGGAAUAAAUCACUUGAUAAUAGUAUUACUAAUAUUAUUGAAAAUGGACAUUCUAAAAAAAUCUCUGAACUAAUUGAAAAUGAAGAAAUUAAAGUUGAAUUGAGUAAAAAAGAAAAAAAGGCAUUAAAAAAGAAAUUAAAAUAUAAGCAAGAAGUUGAAACUGUUACUAAUGGUGUUAUUAUAGAAACACCAGAACCACUAUCAAAAAAGAAAAAAAGAAAGUUGGUGAGUAAAGAAGAUACUGAAGAGCCACAGCAAAAAGUUAUAAAAACUGAAAAAGCUUCUCAAAUACCAGAAAUUCAAAAUGGUCGUAAAUUUAAAUGGAAUGAAGCGAUCUUUCAAAUAAUUCAAUGUAAAAAAGGAAAACCUAUUUCAAUAAAUAAAAUUAAGAAAAAAGUUAUGAAUGAAUACCACUUUUUUAAUGAAUCAACUAAUAAAUCUGAAUCUGAUCUAGAAAAAUUAUUUCUAAAAAAAUUGAAAAAAUUAAAAAAUGUUCAAAUUGAUAAUGAUAAAGUACAGUUAAUAGAAUGUUAAUCUAACUUUUUAAAGUAAAUGUUGAAUACUAUUGUUAAUUAAUAUUUUUUUAAUUUGUAUUAUUGACUUAAAAAUAUAUUUAAAAAAUUAUCAUAA